GUUGGGUCAACGUUCAGCUUUAACAUGGAGAUAAAAUCCAGGGUGCGAAACUGUGUGCUUUUGGCUAUCAGUUCUUACGAUGGAGGAGACUUUCUAACGUUACAAGUUAUUGAUGGUGCGCUGAUCUUCACCGUGAACAAUGGCGCCGGUCCUGAACACGUUAAACUGAACCUGAAGCGAAAAAAUCUCUUUUGCGAUGGCCACUGGCACACAAUUCGGAUAUACAAAGUGAAGAACUUUCUGACAGUCGGCGUGGACAAUGUUAACAGUCAUACUCAAAUGAAGAAACGCAAAGCUAGCACCACGGAUACCAAGGAUCCUUUGUACCUUGGUGGCGUACCUGGAAACUUUUCCAGUGCUGGGCUCCUCAUUCAAGAUCACUUCAUCGGCUGCAUUCGAUCGAUUUCAUUAGGAAGAAAAGUUCGUCGAAGAAAGAACAUAAUGAUUAAUGAAAUACAGGUGAUUGGAGAUAUAUCCAAGGAUGGUUGUCCAGUUGAUUAG